GCCGGGCUUCUUCCUGCCGAACCUGGCACGCAUGCGCGUGGCUCCUUCCUCAAGAGAAACAACACAGCCGCCUCCGUCGCGCAUGCGCAGCUCAUUCAGCGAGCUGACAGGAUUGAGGCGGCGGCCUGAGGCGGCGGUGGCGUCCCUCAAGAAGCGCUGAUGAGGGGCGGGGAUUAAAGCGGGGAAGGCCGGCAUGGAGAGCCAGGGAGCCGAGGAAGGGCUGGGGAAGAUGAACCCCAAGCGGGGCGGCGCCUCGGGCCCGGAGGACGAGAACAAGAACAAGCCCAAGCUGAACCUUCAGAUUAAAACUUUGGCAGAUGAUGUGCGUGACAGAAUAACCAGUUUUAGGAAAUCAGGUGUCAAAAAGGAGAAGCUUUUGAUUCAGCACCCCAUUGACGCACAAACAUCUAUAAAUGAACUGCCAGUAGCUCAGCCACUGUUUGAUGAGCGCUCAAUGAAUUUAUCAGAAAAAGAAGUUAUGGACCUGUUCGAAAAAAUGAUGGAAGACAUGAACCUGAAUGAAGAACGCAAAACUCCUUUACGGAAUAAAGACUUGACCACAAAACGCGAGAUGGUUGUCCAGUACAUUUCCGCAACUGCCAAAUCUAUUAUUGGAAGUAGAGUUCCGGGAGGCCUGAAAAAUAGUAAGCACGAGUGCACUCUGUCCUCCCAAGAAUAUGUCCAUGAACUGCGGUCUGGUAUUUCAGAUGAAAAACUUCUCAACUGCUUGGAAUCGCUGAGGGUCUCUUUAACAAGCAAUCCAGUCAGUUGGGUUAACAAUUUUGGACAUGAAGGACUUGGGCUUCUUUUGGAUGUUCUUGAAAAACUGUUGGAUAAGAAACAGCAAGAAAAUAUUGACAAGAAGAACCAGCAUAAACUAAUACAGUGCCUCAAAGCAUUUAUGAAUAAUAAGUAUGGACUGCAAAGAAUUCUGGGAGAUGAAAGAAGCCUUUUUUUACUUGCUAGAGCAAUUGAUCCAAAACAACCAAAUAUGAUGACAGAAACAGUAAAAAUACUUUCUGCCAUUUGCAUUGUUGGAGAAGAAAAUAUCCUGGACAAAAUUUUAGCAGCUAUAACAACUGCAGCUGAGAGGAAUAAUGGUGAACGGUUCACUAAUAUUGUGGAGGGUCUUGAGAACCAUGACGCUUUACAGUUACAGGUAGCCUGCAUGCAGCUCAUAAAUGCCUUUGUCACUUCUCCUGAAGAUCUUGAUUUUAGGAUACACUUGAGGAAUGAAUUUCUGCGCUGUGGGUUAAAGAAAAUACUGCCAGAUCUGAAGGAGAAGGAGAAUGAAGAACUUGAUAUUCAGCUGAAAGUGUUUGAUGAAAACAAAGACGAAGAUUUACUUGAAUUGGCCCAUCGUUUCAAUGACAUCAAAGUUGAAAUGGAUGAUGUGAAUGAAGUUUACCACCUUCUAUACAACAUGCUGAAAGAAACAUCAUCUGAAAGCUACUUCCUAUCCAUUUUGCAACAUUUUCUACUCAUCAGAAAUGAUUACUAUGUUCGCCCUCAGUAUUACAAGAUAAUAGAAGAAUGUGUUUCUCAAAUAGUCUUGCAUUGUAGUGGUAUGGAUCCUGACUUCAAAUGUAGAGGGCGGUUGGAUGUAGAUUUCACUCAUCUUAUAGAUAGCUGUGUGGACAAAGCAAAAGUAGAAGAAAGUGAGCAAAAAGCUACAGAAUUUUCCAAAAAGUUUGAUGAAGAGUUUGCAGCUCGACAAGAGGCACAAGGUGAGCUUCAAAAACGAGAAGAGAGGAUCAAAGAACUUGAAGCUGAAAUUCAGCGGCUACAAUCCCAGGCUCCUUCGUGUUCGAGUGGCUUACCUCCAGGAGGCAUCCCUCCUCCACCGCCGCCACCCCCUCUUCCUGGUGGUGCAACCCCUUGCCCACCACCGCCUCCACCGCCACCAUUGCCUGGUGGUUUGCCGCCGCCACCACCACCGCCUCCUCCUUUGCCUGGGGGGGCCAUACCACCACCGCCUCCCAUGCCUGGAGGUAUUCCGCCACCACCGCCUCCAUUUGGUGGCCCCCCCUCUUUAGGAACUGUGCCACAGCUGCCUUUUGGAAUGACGCCUAAGAAAAAAUACAGUCCUGAAGUGUCUAUGAAGAGAAUAAAUUGGACAAAGGUUGAACCACAAGAAAUAUCAGAAAACUGUUUUUGGCUAAAAGCUAAAGAAGAAAAAUUUGCAAGUCAAGAUCUUUUUGCAAAAUUGGCACUCACGUUCGCUACACAGAUGAAGGCUAAAAAAGCGGUUGAGGGUACAGAAGAAAAGAAGAUAGCCAUGCCUAAGAAGAGAGCUAAAGAACUGAGGGUUUUGGAUGGGAAGACAGCACAGAAUUUGUCCAUUUUCUUGGGGUCUUUCCGCAUGCCUUACGAUGAAAUUAAAAACAUUAUUAUAGAAGUAGAUGAAGAAAAACUAAGUGAAGCAUUGAUUCAGAAUUUAGUUAAAAACCUCCCUGAACAGAAGGAGCUCAGUGCCUUAGCCGAGUUGAAGAGUGAAUACGAAGACCUCUGUGAGCCAGAACAGUUUGGAGUUGUGAUGAGCUCAGUUAAAGCGUUGCGACCUCGCCUGAACGGCAUCCUUUUCAAGCUAACCUUUGAAGAGCACAUAAAUAAUAUCAGGCCGGGCAUUAUGGCAGUGACGAUGGCCUGCGAGGAGGUGAAGAAGAGUGAAAGCUUUAGCAAGCUGUUGGAACUGAUGUUGUUGAUAGGGAACUAUAUGAAUUCUGGCUCAAGAAAUGCCCAGUCAUUGGGCUUCAAUCUUAGUUUUCUGUGCAAGAUUAGAGAUACGAAAUCAUCAGAUCAAAAAAUGACACUCUUGCAAUUCUUGGCUGCCAUUUGUGAAGAAAAAUAUCGGGACAUCUUAAAAUUUCCAGAUGAGCUUCAGCAUGUGGAAAGUGCAAGCAAAGUUUCAGCUCAGAUUCUUAAGAGCAGCCUUGAUUCUAUGAAACAGCAGAUAGAGCGUUUGGAAAGUGAUAUUAAGAAGUUUCCGAAAACAGAAGAUCCACAUGAUAAAUUUGUUGAGAAGAUGUCCAGCUUUGCAAAGAGUUCCAGAGAGCAGUACGAAAAAUUAUCAAACAUGCACAACAACAUGACUAAAUUAUAUGACUGUUUGGGGGACUACUUCUGUUUUGACCCAAAAGCCGUGAGCAGUGAGGAAUUCUUUGGCGAUCUAAGUACAUUCAGGAUCCUAUUCUUGGAGGCGCUGAAGGAAAACAACAAAAGAAGAGAGAUGGAAGAAAAGACUAAGCGAGCCAAGCUUGCAAAAGAGAAGGCUGAACGUGAAAAGCUGGAGCGGCAACAGAAGAAGAAGCAGCUAAUUGACAUGAAUAAAGAGGGCGACGAGACAGGCGUGAUGGAUAAUCUUCUCGAGGCGCUGCAAUCUGGGGCAGCAUUCAGGGACCGCAGGAAGCGAAUGCCAAGAACUCCAGAUAACAGACGAGUUACUUUGGAAAGGUCGCGUUCCCGCCACAACGGAACAAUCACAGCGGUGUGAAUUCAUGGCUUCCAUUCCAUGCCAAAGAACUGGGAAGGUUUUUAUUUACUAUACAUGGAGACAAUAUGAAGAAUGUCUGAAGGAGCAACACUGCUUGGAAAUGAAAUCCAAGUGGAUUCCAGGGAACAAGAACAAUAAAUACAUAUUUUUACAAAUAUUAUUUGUUCAGGAGGAAAAAAAUGAUUGGUUCUAACCAAGUUUUAAGACACUGUAAACAGUGUUAAAAUAUAAGCCUCUCUCUUGACUACCUUAGUUUUUAAGUUGGUAACUAAGGCACAGAUUACUUUUUUGUGUGCAGUUUCCCAUAUUUUCUUUGGGGGAUACACAGCAAAUCUGUGCCUAAAGAAAAGUGUACAUGAAUUUACAUUAAUCCGUGAUACGAAACUGACCAACGUCACGGAUCAAAUCCAUGGCAGAAGUCCCUCUGUAGUAUUGUUUUGACAUUAAAUUAAAAAAUAGCGUAUUUAUGAAUUCAAAUAUAAGUUCACAUUCCACACUUUCAAAUAUACCUUUUGUUUUGAACUUGAGAAAAUACUGUAUAGACCCCAUCCAUUUCCUUGGAAUCUUAUCUCAAGUUUCAAACAUGAUGGAUUCGACUACGUAUUAAACUUUUAUCACAAAUCUAUAGCCACACUGUAUAAAGAUAUAUAGCUUAUCACUGCUAAAAUAAAAACAACAGCAUAGGAUUGUACCAAAGUUAAACCAUAUCAUUUGCAGAAUAUGUUUUUAACUAUAUUUAAAGAUGUAUUUUCAAAGUAUGCACUUAUAAAAAAAACUUUAUAUGGCUAUUUUGAGGAAAGAAUCUUAUGUAUUUUGAAGGUUCCCAAGUCCCCUUGUGUUUGUUUAAGCUUCCAGAGACAUAAUCUUACUACUACGACGGUAAUCAGUAAAUAUAUAUUAUCUCAAGGUAUCUGCUGGGAUUUGGUUGCAGGAUCCCCAAUAGAUACCAACAUCCAUGGAUGCUGAAGUCCCAUUAUAUACAACGGUGUAAUGAAUAAGUAGCAUAGUAUACAGAGAAAACCUGUGGAACUGUAAAACGGUGGAAGGCAACAGCAAGGGUGUCUUCACAAAAGCAUAGUGCUCCUCAACACGUGUCAAAAUCAAAUUUUGCUUUUUGGCAAAACUAAAGCAUGGUUGAAUCCAUGGAUUCAGAACCUGUGGAUACAGAGGGCCAACUGUCCUUAAAAAAGCUCUGACAACCCAUAUGCCGAUGACGCAGGUGGUGCGCUCAAAUACUAACAGCACAAAAAUGGUGCCAUAUCCACUAAUAUUGGGAAAGGUGGCUCUAGAGCAGGCGUGGGCAAGCUUCGGCCCUAGAGUUGGAUAGGUUCGGUUUGGAAAAACCUAAAAGUUGUAAAAACCUACCGACUUUGGGCUUCCAAAGCAGUUUUGAACCAUGCAGGAAAAGCGGGAAGGACAAUUCCGAAUUUGAACCACUUACCUUUUUUUUCCCGUAAGUAUUCCAUAAUGUUCGGAUGUCUCCCAAUAUUAUUUUAAUUUUCUCAACCUUUAAACAACUUUUGUAAAACUUAACAGUUUUAAAACCUCAUGCUGCUUCUCCCCGGGCGAUGCAAGGGAGGGAUGAGGUGAACGUGACUAAGCACAGCCAUUGCUGUAGUUUAUGAAGGGCAGGCCCCCAAUGGUAGAGAUUGCAAAAGGCCCUGCUGUUAAACUACAUUUCCCACACUGCCUUGCUGCUCAUUAGCCAAAAUGGCCGGGCCACAUAGCUGCCUCCUCCGGCAGCCAAGCUUCAGGUUCUUCCACUCCAGGCCUGCCUCGGCUGUUAAUGCAGAGGAGAAGGAGGAGGAGGUGAUGCGCCCCUCAAGUGCCACUUGGCUUCUGCUGCCGGGCUUCAGGCUGUUAGGAAUGAUGGGAGUUGAAGUCCAAAACACCUGGAGGAGCCAAAGUUUGCCCAGGCCUGGUUUAGUUGCAGACAUGCCACAGCUCAGGAUUAUGGGAUCCUGGGGUUUGUAGUAUGGCUCUCUUUGGCAAAGGAGGCUCAAAAACCAUGCAAAACUACAGCUCCCAGGAUUGCAUAGCAUUGAGGCAAAGCAGUUGGAAGUGGUUGUCAAACUUGAGGCCUGGAGUAGAAGAGCCCCUCGGUCAGGAGUAGCCUGAGUGGAGGAGCUCCUGAAGUUUCCCCAGUGCCAGUGCCAUUAACGAAGCUAUUCCGAAGUUUUGGAAAGUUUUGAAUUUUAUUUUAAAACGAAGUGAAUAUAGAAUCGAGCCACCAGCACCCCCUACAUCCAAAAUGAGUUAUUUUUGGAUGAAUCAAGCCUAUUCGGCCCUCCAGAUGUUUUGGACUCCAAUUCCCACAAUUCCUAACAGCCUACCGGCUGUUAGGAACUGUGGGAGUUGGAGUCCAAAACACCUGGAGGGCCAAAGUCGCCCACGCCUGCCCUAGAGCAUCAUUUCUCAUUCUCCUUUGGUCGUUUUGGCACAGGUUGCUUUCAGGCAAACCCAAAGUCUUUCAAACUGAUUCUGCCGAUGUAAAAAUACUGCACUGUAAAUUUGUUUUACUACCUCUGUCUCUGUCAUUCACUCACUCACUAAUUGACUCUUUCUCUCUCUCUCUCUCUCGAUUGCUGUGUGUGUGUGUGUCGUUCCUAAGGAAGGAAUUGUGCUUUUCUGCCGUUGUGAACGAGAGACACUUAGAUGCACAAAUAUAUAUAUAUAUCUUCCAACCUUUACAGUCACUAGUAAGUUUACAGAAGGCAUGUUAGUAAGGCAUUCACUGCGCCAAAAAGGUUUGGUAGGCGAGAGGAAAUUUCAUAUUCGAUCAAAACUCAGGUAAACCAGGAACAAGCUGUCUAUCACUUGUUCAAUUUCCUUCGCCAGAGUUUUCACAACCACUCCAAUAUGCAGCAGGCGAUGUUAUUGCAUUUGGCUGUAGGGCACGCACACACAAGUAUGGGAAGUAUACAAUGUUCUGCAUGCAGUCUACUGACAUUUUCUGAACCACUGUUUAUCUAAUGCCUUUUGCAGUUAGUAAUAUAUGUAUAUUAAAACCAGUUGCCCAAAAAUUCUUGUGUUACCUACUGAGUUGGUUGUACUUUAAUGGAAUUCUGAAUCUGGCUUAAAGAAAAGGAGAUUCGUAAUUCCACUUCAACAAAGGUUGUGGCCAGCCUAUUUGCACAACAGCAGUAUUAGAUACAAAGCACCUUAUUUAAGGUUGUGUUGUCUGCCGUGGUUAGUUUUGGGUGAGAGACCCUUAACGGUUACCUGCUGUAAGCAGGAACUGGGG